CCACUUCUGUUCUCUUCUUGGGUGUGGUUUUCCAUUCUCUGCUCGAUCCCAACCUUUUUCGAGAUGAGUGUGGCAAAAACGCAUGUUGUUCCUGCGAAACCAUCGAUGUUUACUAUAACAAACCAUGAGCCGAAUCUGGGAUAACCCGAGUCGAAACGAGUAGUAUAAAAACGGAAAGAGUUCCAGCCACACAUCUCAUAGCCCUCUUCAACCACUCAUCUCAAUAAUGUCUGAAUCCUCAAUCUCAUCCAGCGACACUGCCGGUUGCGAGCCGAUCGCUGCCACUCCCCAAGGCCCUAUCAAACGAGACCGACUGGGUAUCUUCGAAAUUGCGUACGAGAAGGAAAGGACCUUCAUCCCCUCUCGCCACGCUGUAACGUCGGUAGUAAACAGCGUCUCAGAGAACGGGCCGUUCGUCUUUCGCCUCUUCAAGGAUGUGUACUCUGCCGCACCGACAACGUUCCUGCUCUACCUCAUCGCAAACCUAUGGCUGAGCGUCUCGCCGACGGUGGCGAUCUAUGUCGUCAAAGUGGGGCUCGACAUCAUCGAGAGGUGGAUGUCGUCUGGAUUUUCCAGCUCAGACAAUAUGGUAGACGAUUUCAGAUAUGCCGUACUAUAUUGGCUUGCGUUUGCUUUAGUGUCGCUCAUGGCCUCGCGUUACAUCACCGAGAAUGAACGUGUCCUGGACUCUGCCACCAAGUUGCUUCUCUAUCCCCAAUUCGCUAAAUUGAGCUUGGCUUUGGAUCUGGAUACUGCGACCGGUGGUAAUAGCUUCCCCAACCCCGGCGAGUUUCACCGAGCGUACUGUAAGGCAUGGGAGACUCUAUGUGUUAUUAUUCUUCAACUACGGUCCUUGAUCUGCAUUCUCCUUCAAGCAUGCGUUGUGACCAUCGUCCUACAUGAUUCCUUACCCCUGGAUAUCGUCAUUACGUUCGGUUCUUGUGUUCUGGCUAGUCUUUUGCUCAAGCCCGUCAACAAGUUUGGCGGUGCAGGAUACGUAUUCUGGACGAAGAAUCGUCAUUACGACCGUUUGAUAGGCCUCCAUCAAAUGAUCUUCAAUCCUUGGGUCUACCGUGAUUCCAUUAUCAAGACUGUUCCAGAAGGCUAUAUAUACCAAGAAUACAAGAAAGAGAUUGAAGGCUUGGGCGUACAGAAAUACAGUGAAGCGGACUUUGCCUCGACGACAAGUGUCCCCGCUCCAUGGUACUGGGAGUUUCCCAGCAAAAUCAUUGUCGACUGCUUUCCGGCCGUGUGCUCUGUUGUGUUGUUCUGGAAUCCUCUCACACCGUCUCUCCUGUGUGCAGGCGUGCUUCUUCAGACGGCUUCAGUGAGCCUGAGAAACCGUGUUGACUUGAUGCUGCUGUGCCAAUCGAGAUCCUUUGUGGACUUACUGCAGGCCGCUAAGCUAUGCUACCAGGAUCUGGGUAUCUCUUCGACCAUGAUCGCCGGAAAUCACGAAUACUCUGAUAGCGAGAAGUCUUCCGGUCAAGGCAUGAGUGUCUCCUUCCAGAAUGUCUCGCUUGUGUACCCUGGCCAGAAGCAAGCCCUUGACGAUGUUUCUUUUGAUAUAUCUCCCGGACAACUCAUUGUUCUCGUUGGCGUCAACGGAAGCGGAAAGUCUAGUCUUUUGAACCUGUUGCCUCGCUUGAGGGAUCCUACUACCGGGAGUAUACUUAUCGACGGGAGGCCUAUACAAGACUACGACUUGGCUUCUCUUCGAUCGUCCAUUACCAUUCUCUCACAGGACGAUGUGCUCUAUCCUCUUUCCUACGGCGAUAACUUUACCAUGGCUCUGGGUAACUCUGUGUCCGUCGACGAUGGAAAAUUGCCUAUCAAGAUGCUUGAAAGGGCAGCUACUAUGGGGGGGUCAUCCGGAAUUAUCCAUGCACAAAAGGAAGGCUUCGAUUCACUGUACACCCCCAGUGACAACGCAUUUGAACGGUCACUUCAUGUUUCUGUCACGGGUUGCGGGCACAGGUUUCCCUCUUCGGCGGCGGUACGGGUGCUGGGGCUGGAACAUCCUCUGCGGAAGCCCACGAUGCUGUCCGGAGGCGAGACUCAACGACUUCUUGCGUCAAGGGCAUGUAUGAAACUAUUGAAUGGUGGUGUCAAGCUCCUGAUUGCGGACGAGGCGAUUUCGGCGAUGGAUCCUGUCGCUGAGCGUGCGCUGUUGAAGGGUUUCUUGGAACAUGGGAAAGGCAUGACGAUGAUCUUUGUCACGCACCGGUUCGCGCAUCUCGUCAAGCACGCUGAUCAAAUUUUGUGCCUGAACGAAGGGAGGGUUGUGGAGCGUGGGACUCAUACCGAGUUGCUGGGUGUUGAAGGGGAGUAUGCUCGAAUGUAUAACGCACAAGCGGAGGCGUACCAGUGAGUGCUUGGGUAGGCGACCACUGCAAGCUCUUAUCUUGAUCUUUGGACCUGUUUACUACUCCAUCGACGGCUGGAUUCUUAGUGUAACGGUGUGCUAUAUGUCUAUGCUUGCUAUGUCUUCUG